AUGAAGAAGAAUACAAGAGAAGGAAAAGGAGUGAGUACAAAUCCUGUUCAAAACUUACCCUACCCACAUGCACCAUCAAGGAAGGAGAAUGCAAGACAUUAUGCUAGGUUCAUGGAUAUAUUUAAGCAACUUCAAAUAAAUAUUCCAUUCGCCGAAGCAUUAGAACACAUGCCAAAAUAUGCAAAAAUUUUGAAGGACAUCCUCACCAAAAAGAAACGAUAUCCGAACAACGAAACCAUUAUGCUUGAUGCUCAAUGUAGUAAUAUCAUUCAAAGAACUCUUCCAAGAAAAGAAACCGAUCCGGGACGAGUCAUCUUACCGGUCACCAUUGGAGGUACUUACAUUGGCAAUGGUCUAAUUGAUUUGGGUUCUAGCAUUAUUCUCAUUCCUUUGUCUAUCAUAAAGAGAUUGGGGAAUAUUGAAAUGAAGUCUACCCGAAUGACAUUACAACUAGCCGAUAAGUUCACAACCUCACCCUAUGGAGUUGCUCAAGACAUAUUGGUGAAAGUUGACAAAUUUUUGUUUCCGGUAGAUUUUGUGGUGGUGGAUAUGGAAGAAGAUAGAGAUGUUCCGUUGAUUCUUGGAAGGCCAUUUAUGAAAACAGCCCGGAUGAUGAUAGACAUUGAUGACAGACUCAUGAAAGUGCGGGUGCAGGAUGAGGAAGCCACUUUUAAUCUCUUCGAAGCAAUGAAGCAUCCCAAAGAAAAGCACGAUGUUUUCCGUAUGGAUGUCAUUGAAGAGGAAGUCAUGGGAGUUUCCAAUCAUGUUCAUAUUUCUAGUCCAUUAGAGAAAUGUCUCAUAGGUGAUUACAACAAUUCUUUCAAAGAUGAAGAGGAGGAAAUAGAGGCUAUUUUGGAAAGAUUGGAGUCUUGUGGAGAAAUUGAUAAAAAGGAGGAAAAGAUAGAUGAAUUAGAUGCGGAAAAGAAAGUGGAAGAAACCAAAGUUGAAUUAAAGUUGCUGCCCACCCAUUUGAAGUAUGUGUUCCUUGGCAAAAAUUUCACCAAACCGGUGAUAAUUAGUAGUGCUCUAUCACCAAAAGAGGAAAAUAGAUUAAUUGAUGUGUUGAAGAGGAACGAGGGAGCUUUAGGUUGGGUGCUGUCCGAUUUGAAGGGAAUUAGCCCAGUUUAUUGUAUGCACAACAUCAUGAUGGAAGACGAUUUCAAGCCCGUAGCAUAA